GUUGGCUGGAUCCAUGGAUGGAGGGAAUCACUCUGUGGUGUCUGAGUUUGUGUUUCUGGGACUCACCCAUUCAUGGGAGAUCCAGCUUCUCCUCCUGGUGUUCUCCUCUGUGCUCUACGUGGCAAGCAUGACUGGAAACAUCCUCAUUGUGUUUUCUGUGACUACUGACCCUCACUUACACUCCCCUAUGUACUUCCUACUGGCCAGUCUCUCCUUCAUUGACUUAGGAGCCUGCUCUGUCACGUCUCCAAAAAUGAUUUAUGACCUUUCUAGAAAGCACAAAGUCAUUUCAUUUGGAGGGUGCAUCGCUCAGGUCUUCUUCAUUCAUGUCAUUGGUGGUGUGGAGAUGGUGCUGCUCAUAGCCAUGGCCUUCGACAGAUACGUUGCCAUAUGUAAGCCUCUCCACUACCUGACCAUCAUGAACCCACGAAUGUGCAUUUUGUUUCUAGCUGCUGCCUGGGCUCUUGGUGUCAGUCACUCACUUUUCCAAUUGGCAUUUCUUGUUAAUUUACCCUUCUGUGGCCCUAAUGUAUUGGACAGUUUUUACUGUGACCUUCCUCGGCUUCUCAGACUAGCCUGUACAGAUACCUACACGUUGCAGUUCAUGGUCACUGUCAACAGUGGGUUUAUCUGUGUUGGCUCUUUCUUCAUACUUCUCAUCUCCUACAUCUUCAUCCUGUUCACUGUUUGGAAGCAUUCUUCAGGUGGCUCAUCCAAGGCCCUCUCUACUCUUUCAGCUCACAUCACUGUGGUCCUUUUGUUCUUUGGUCCAACCAUGUUUGUUUAUACAUGGCCACAUCCCAAUUCACAGAUGGAUAAGUUUCUUGCCAUUUUUGAUGCAGUUCUCACUCCUUUUCUGAAUCCAGUCAUCUAUACAUUCAGAAAUAAAGAAAUGAAGGCAGCCAUGAAGAGAGCAUGCAAACAGCUAGUGAUUUACAGGAAGAUCUCAUGAAUUAUAUGAUAAGGCCACUUCAGUAACCAUGAUGUAGCUUUUUAUGUUUCUUUUUUUGAUAUUUUAGUACAGGAACUUUUGAGACAUCAAAUAUUGAUUUGAUCAUUGUUAGAUCUGUACAAUAAUUCUCAUCUGAUGAAUAUAUUUAUUCCUUGUGAAGAAUGAGUCAUGAAUACAGUACAUUUUUC